CGAUUACGUGUCCUGCAAAUGGCAUGUUUACGUGCAUCAGUUGUAUGUUCAUUUUAAGCGCUAUUGAUGAACACAAACAAACUAAAACGGUGUCAGACUUCAUGAAAUUUGUUUUGGUUCUCACAUAUUCCUACAAAUGUUUCCCCAAAUAUCCUUUAUUUCCCCUUUACCCCAGCCAAAGGGUAAUUACACAAAAUGAAAUUCAAAACAAAAGAGAAAAGCACCUAACACCUAACAAUAUAACACCAAUCAGCAGUUAAGAGGAUGUACCGGGGAAGAUUAUAAUGUAUUAAUUAUUGGUUCCAAUUCAUCUCGGUUGAAUAUGACUUAAUUUUACUUUAGAAACUGAUUCAAUUGUUUGGCCCAGAAACAUCAAACACCACAUUUGAAGAUGGCAGAUGUGAGGGAAGCUCGGUUCCUUCUGGCAUCUUGGAUCUUUGGAUCGCAUCGAUGUCUCCGGUGAAAGUUUGUUCAGUUUUCUCUGGUAUCUUUCAGACCUGGUUGUCUACUGGCUUUAAGUUGUGCUUGUCUCCAUCUUCCUCUCAGCUGGAUGCUGUAUUAUGUUGCCACCCAGCUUCCUAGUCGGGUCAUUAUAACCCGUGGGCCAAUUUUGAAAUGUUUCAAAAUGUUAAUCUUUACUUCCUGUUUUAUUGUGUCUGUCACUCGCAUGAUUCCUCGGCUACUUUACUUUCUCUGUUUAGUUUCAAACUCAUAGACAAAAUCCAAUGUCUAUGGAAAAGCUACAUUAUAUGAUAAAAGAAGGUAGUAUAUUAUUGUAUAUUCAUUAAUACACUAUAACAGCUGCAGCAUGCUCUAGAAUCUAUCCCAACAAUUAAAGGAAGGAAAGGGAAAGGUGGAACAAUACUUUUUAAGAGGUAAUUAGACAUAGAAACUGGGUAAUAGAGGUAAUUAGAAAUAGAAACUGGGUAAUAAAGGUAAUUAGAAAUAGAAACUGGGUAAUAGAGGUAAUUAGAAAGAGAAACUGGGCAUUUAAGUUAGUGAAAAGCAAAUGAUACAAAUAAAAAGCUCUUAGGCUCCAGGGAGAAAGACAAUAAAACAGGCAAAAAGGAAAUAGUUGGAAAUAAAAUACAAAUGUUGCUGAUGAUUAGAAAGAAGGGAGGGGAAGAGAUGAAGAAGUUGGCUAAUAAAGAGAAAGUCAAAUCAUUGGUUACUUUUGUAAAGGUACACAGCACUAACUAAACUCGACUUCUCUUAGACCCCGUCCUCAUAUUGCUGAUGAAAUAAGUUGUAGCAAUAGUUAGCAUCUCUUUACUAGAUUUACAAAGAGCUGUGUACCACAGUCCUUUAAAGUAUCUGUAGUAAACCUCUUUAAAAAUAUACAUCUAUAUAUAAUCUUCACAUCCUCUAUAAGAUCCUUGGGAAAUGUGUGAAUAGUGCUCGUUCGUAAGGCGUGGGUACGAUAGGACAUCGCCGGUGGCUCAUGAGAUUAAAAGUAAUAAGCUGCUUUACGUUAAAAAUAGAAACAAUAAGAAGUGGAGCAGUCUGAGGCGCACAAGCAGUACGUCUGUGUGUGAGAAGCAGCCGCUGCUCUGUUGCUCUUCUUCAUACAUUGAUAGAAACUUCAGGAUUUCACAGCAAGACUGAAUGUGAGACGGUGGUGCCUCAGGAAUGAGUAAAAGGGGGAGGAGGAGGAGCAGCAGGUGGAGGAAGAGGUCCAGCAGCAGUAAACAUGAAAGGAUUUGAAAAAAAAUCUGACCUGAGAAGAAGUCACACUGUGUGUUGUACUUCGAGCUUCUCUGUUCUUUGUGAACAUAGCGGGUCUGUAAGCGCACAGGGCGUCUCAGCUUGUGGCGUUCAAAAGCAGAACAAAACUAACACUGUGAGCUGCAGAAAGGACAAUGUUGAAAUGGGUGAGACAGACUUACUUCGAAAGGAAAAUGUCCUGUCAGGAUCGGAAGAUGAGGAAAAAUACGACAGUGCUUCACCCAAGGACAAAAGAGCCAAACGGGAUCAUCACGGGAAUUCAUUUUCAAAACAAAGGAGUAUUUAUACCAAAACGACAGAGGAAAAAGAGAAAGGAGUGAGGACAUUGUCUGUCAACGACGCGGAGGAUUUCCUCCCAAAUAUCAUUGUCCAGCAGUCACGUGUGCCCUCAUGUGAGGAUGCAACCCACUCACCAGCACUAGUUACUAACAUCAUGAACAUCGCAAUGAAAUGCAACAGGUCACAUGGUAAAUAUGAAAUUCAAGAAAGUUUUCAAUUGAAUACUUCUGGCAACAAGACCUCGUAUGUUUUAAUAAACGAAAAAGGGGACUGUGCUGAUGUGUUUUUUAAGAGUAAAUGUGAGCCAUUGUUACCAAAAAAUACGUCAUGUGAGCAGUCAUCCCAACAUGUGACUAAUCACAAUGGCGAUCAAAGCUCAAAUUACAGGUUUACCUUUGGCGACGUGAGUGAACACACAGAGUCUCAUCGUGAUUCCAAAUAUGUCCGUCCAUCAAGCGCAUGGGACAACACACAGUAUUCACAAUGCUGCAGGGAUCACAAACAAACACCAACAGACUCAAUGUGGACAAAUCAUCCAUCUAGACCAAGACCACCGUCAAAUAUCACAUCUCAAGGGGAGAGGAAGAACUUUGACAAAAGCAUCAGAAGUGGUCAGUUUGCAGACCUUAGAAAUAAUACUUUAGAGGAAUUAACCCACUGCCUGGAUUCCUGUAAAAUUGCUGCUCAAAGUCCUGCAGAUAAAAAGCAAAUGGAAUUUCACGCUAACAUUACUAAUAAUGAAGAAUCUCAAUGGCAAUUUUCUUUAGAAGCAGGAGAAACAGCACAACUGGCACCUUGUUUCCAGCGAUUAUCAGAAUCAGCCAGCUCUGAGCCAAUGCUCAUGAGACCCUUCUUGUCUAGGUCCAACUUAAGAGAUUUCAUCAACUGUCAAAAGGAAAAAUCCUGGAUUAGAAACAACGGUAUUGUCACUGAGGAGCACAGAGCUCGUUUGUCUCCAAACACGAGACACCAAACAUAUCCUGGGAUGUCAGAGGGUCCAGGAUCGAUGCAGGAAGAUCCUCUGUCCCGCUGUACUAAAUCCUUUCCCUCUCUAGUCACGCGCUCACAGUUUCUGCAAACUGAAAGGCUGGGAAGGAUCCCCCUGGACACAGACGAGUUCUCUGCAUUCGGAAUAGAAAAUUAUAAUUUUCCACAAACAAAGGCACAAUCCAGACGUGCCUCAGAAGUCCUAAACAGUGGCGAUGGAAAGCAAUUCAUCCUUAGUCCAUUCUGUAUGACCAGCUCUGAAGAUACACCUGAGUUCAUGGUGAAUGACCGGUGUCGAAGGCCAAUCAGUUACCCCCCUCAAGAGCUCAGACAACAGGAUGCAGGCAUAGAACAGAGCUUACCAAUGGAUGUGGGAAGUCAGGACUAUAUUGACCAAAGUGAGGUGACAGACAGUGAUUUUGGUAAAGAUAUGGAGGAAGUUGAAUUUCACAGCCCAGAGCUCCUCACAGGGAAGUUGAGUCAAAGAGCCCUUACCAUAGAAGUCACCCCUCCAUCCUGCAGAGGAUCUGUGGAACAAAUAUUAAAGAGGCAUCCUGCAACAUCACUCCUCAAGGACGAGGUUGAAAGUGAAAGCCAAAAGGAUCUAGUGUCAGUUUCCCCCAAACAUAGUAAGUCCUCAGUCACAGUACAUGUUAAUGCACUCAAGCAAACAUCCCUGCCAAUGCACUCAAGAUCAUCACCGGGUAGUUUCAUGGAAACACCAGGUACAACUGACCUGGGAGUCCCUUGCAUGUUCCCUUUGCAGGAGGGGAAAUUCUUUUCGAUAACCACAAUGGCGGUUGCAGAGAUUGAAUCCAAACCAUUUGGUGAAAAAACAGGAAAUAUCAGCCAUUCUUUACCACUAAUGACUGAGCCAAGCAAUGAUGAGCAAUUAAAUGCAGCAAGAAGGACAAUACACGAUUCUGACCAACCUGCAGUCACUGCAUCAUGUCCUGCCAACUGUUCUAGUGAUGCAAAAAUCAAUGUGACAAAGCAGCUCAGUAAAACAACCGGGGCAGAUGAACACAUAGUAUCCGGAUCCUCCUUAGAGGCCAAGGAGCAUCAGAAACCCAUGGUUCAUAGAGACCCAGACAGCAGUGGCUCCGACCACUGGGUCAGGAGGCGAAAACUCUUCAAGGAGAGCAAGGAACGGAGCUCUGCUGGAGGAAGCUCAAUGACCAGUGAUAUCACACAGGAAUCAGUCUCAGAGGGUUCUCAUUCUAUGGAAAUGGCAAUUCAAGACGAUAAAGACAGGGGCUUUUACACCGAGACUUUCCAUUCUUCACCAUGGAUUUACCAAGGAGAUGAUGCAGACUCAGUUUCUAUUCCACCCAACCCCAAAACCAAAACUCGAGCAGUCUCAAUACGGGAGAGGACUGUCAAGAUCAGCAGAGGGGAAGGAGAGUAUCCUUGGGGCUUUCGAAUACAGUUUUGUAAACCCAUUGUGGUUACAGAGGUUGACACAAAUGGGGCUGCUGAGGAAGCAGGGUUGAUGGUAGGAGACCUGGUCCUAACUGUCAAUGGAACUGAUGUAACCAGCAAUUCCCACUCAGAAGCUACGGAUUUGGCCAGGCAAGGUCCAGAUGUUCUAACGCUGACUAUUGGGUCAGACAUUGCUCGUGGUCCAAACACCCCCAGACCAGCAUGUCGCGGUUAUCUUCACAAGCAAACGCAUUCUGGUCUGUUUAAAGGCUGGAGGAGGAGGUGGUUUGUGCUCACACAUGACUGCUGCCUUUUCUACUACAGACAUAAACGGGAUGAAUGCAAAAAGCGGGCUUUGUUUGCAGUAAAGCUGGAAGGGGCUGAAGUGGGACCAGAUAUUUCCCUGGGAAAACCCUUUGUGUUCAAGUGCCGCCCUCAAUCCAGUAACCGGGUUUACUUCCUCUGUGCCACUUCCAGCCAGGAGAGGAAACGGUGGCUUGAGGCUAUGGAGAAAGCUAUUCAUCCCAUCACACAGAACCACGUGUGGGUGGAUGUCACCAGACACAACUCUAAUCUGCCCCCGCUGGCUGUGAAAACCCCUGAGUGUCUUGGACUGCUUCAUAAAAUGGACAAAAACAAGGAAGUGUGGGUUCAGCACUACUGCGUUCUGAAGGAUGGUUGCCUCUACUUCUACAGUGGGAUCCGUGCAACUCAUGCACAUGGUGGGAUCUACCUUCAGGGAUACAUGGUGCGAGAGCAUUCCUAUGGAUCCAAGAAAUCCACCAUUGAGCUGAGACCUCCAACUGAUGAGUUGAAUGUUUUCCACCUCUGUGCUGAAAAUCCUCAUGAGAAUAAAAGAUGGAUCAUAGCUAUCAACGCUUCAAUAAUGAGGUGGCAACCUUCGCGUUCAGCAUUCCGGGGGUUCAUGAAUCGGCCAUCAGAAGAGACCAGAAUGUGAGUGAGAUGCACCCUGUGGAUUGCUGGACGCUGGAUGCUCUUCCUGUUUGUAGCUGGCAGCACUUUGCUCCCUCUGCUGCUUACUCUUUACGGAACACAAAUUUACUUGGGGUCCUGAGAGAAUUAGGCCACAGUUUUAGUAGCCAUACAGCUCAAGUGCAAAAGGGAGGGACGAAAACCGAAUAUUAAAAAUAGUACUUAAUUUAAGCUCACAUCUGAAUUCACAGACGGAAUAUGUUAAUUUGCAAAUGUAUCUAGGACCGUGGAUCUGGGAAAUUUAAUAUUGUUGCUUCUUUUCCAUAGUUUUUCUUAGAGAAAUGAUCCUAAAUGCCUACCUUCUCACUCGGCAAUGCUCCUAAAUGCUUAAGAUAGGUUGAAUGCAGAGGUCAUAUUUUUGGUACGUAACUACGGUAUGUGUAUGACGAUUUAAAAAGAAUUGAAAUUGAACGCAAUAAAUGGUCAUUGGAAUGUAUUAAGAUCUUUUGGGUCACUAACUUGCUUUUAUACAGAUCCUGUGUUAAUGUUUUUUGUUUUUUAUUGCUCCAUUGCAAAUGAAUAUGAAUGUGAAUAUUUAUGUUUUGAUACUGCUGUUAAGUCACUUUAUGACAGCUAGUAGUAAUGCAAUGUGUUUGCCAAAUAAAUUCUAUAAUCAAAUCGU